CUACAAUUUAAUUUAACUGUCAAAAACACAAACCCAAAUGAAUGUAAAUUAACGUUCGCUUCUGAAUAUCAUCAAAAAUGGGCAAACUAGAACUAAUCCAAGCCCUCAACAGCGACACGGGUAGAGUAUGGAACGUGGGCUGGCACCCCAAAGGCGCCGCGCUCGCUUCCUGCGGCGAGGACAAGUCCAUCAGGAUAUGGACGAAGGACCUGCGAGGCAAAUGGACGAACAAAAUAGUCCUGACCGACGGGCACAAGCGCACCAUCAGGCAGGUAUCGUGGUCGCCGUCGGGCAACUACCUGGCCUCGGCCAGCUUCGACGCCACAACGUGCAUCUGGGACAGGAAAUCGGGCGAGUUCGAGUGCAACGCCACGCUGGAGGGCCACGACAACGAGGUGAAGAGCGUCGCUUGGUCCAGCAACGGGCUGUUCCUGGCCACUUGCAGCAGGGACAAGUCGGUGUGGAUUUGGGAGGUGAACGACGAGGAUGAGUACGAUUGCACUUCCGUUAUCAAUUCGCACACGCAAGAUGUUAAAAAAGUUACUUUCCAUCCCACCGAAAACAUCCUAGCAUCUUGUUCGUACGAUGACACUAUUAAACUGUACAAAGAUGAACCGAGCGAAUUCGAAUGGAUUUGCUACGAAACACUAACCGGCCAUUCAUCAACAGUGUGGAGUAUCGCCUUCGAUUCCACUGGCUCUCGUUUAGCUUCUUGCAGCGACGACGGCACGGUUAAAAUAUGGAAGGAAUACCCCAGCGGAUUUCCACCAGGAAACGGGGCUCCCACGUGGAAGUGCGUUUGUACGUUAGACGGUUACCACGAACGGACGAUCUACGAUAUCAGCUGGUGCCGUUUGACCGGUCUCAUAGCCACUGCCAGCGGGGACGAUUGCGUUCGGGUGUUCAAGGAAGACGCGAAUUCGGAUCCCGAUCAACCCACUUUCAGUUUAGUGGCUACGGAAAAGGCGCAUAGUCAAGACGUGAAUUGCGUGGCUUGGAGCCCAGAGGUGCCUGGACUGUUGGCGUCGUGCAGCGACGAUGGUGAAAUUAAACUGUGGGAAUUUAAAAAAUAGCGGUUAAAUUGUUAGAGGGUUAAUGUAAAUAUGUUUUAUUAAAUAUUAUGGUUGUUCUUAAA